ACCAGUGACAGCAGGCAGGAUGCGCUUCACAAAGCCCCAAAGAAGAAGAGCAUCAAGUCCUCCACUGGUCGUUUGUUUGGCAAAAAGAAAAAGGUUCUGCCUGGACAAACUGGCAAAGAAUCACCAAGACAAGCUGUUGUUUCUGAAACACCAAACUCAUCUCAGGAUGCCUUCCAACUUAGCAAACUGGGAGGAAAGGAUGAAAAAAAUCAUCAACUUCAAAAACAGCCUGAGUUGCUGGAGGAAGCCCAGAGGCAAGGCUUACCAUUUUCACAGUGGGACGGGCCAACCGUGGUUGAAUGGCUGGAGCUCUGGGUUGGGAUGCCUGCUUGCUAUGUGGCUGCCUGCAGAGCAAAUGUGAAAAGUGGGGCCAUCAUGUCAGCUCUGUCAGACAGACAGAUCCAGCAAGAGAUUGGCAUCAGCCACCCUCUGCACAGACUGAAGCUGCGGCUGGCCAUCCAGGAAACCCUGUGGCUCACCAGCCCUUCGGCUCCACCCACAUUGAAAAAGACACUUGCAUAUGGGGACAUGGACCACGAGUGGAUUGGCAAUGAGUGGCUGCCCAGCCUGGGCCUACCUCAGUACCGAAGCUAUUUCAUGGAGUGCCUUGUGGAUGCUCGGAUGCUGGACCACCUGACCAAGAAAGACCUGCGGGGGCGGCUGAAAAUGGUUGACAGUUUUCACAGGAACAGCUUCCAGUGUGGACUUAUGUGCCUGAAAAGGUUAAAUUAUGAUCGGAAAGAACUGGAAAGAAGAAGAGAAGAAAGUCAGGAUGUAGUUAAAGAUGUGCUUGUUUGGAGCAAUGAUCGAGUGAUUCGCUGGGUCAUAUCCAUUGGCCUUAAAGAAUAUGCAAACAACCUCAUAGAGAGUGGGGUUCAUGGCGCACAGCUGGCCUUAGAUGAAGCCUUCGAUUACAACACAUUGGCCCUGUUGUUACAGAUCCCGACAGAGAACAGAAAGGCUCGAAAUGUCUUGGACAAAGAAUUUGCCGACCUUUUGGUCCUUGGGACUGUCAGACGUUUUGAUGUCGAGGAUGACAAACACUUUAGGAGAGCACCUUCAUGGAGAGAGAAGGUUAGAGAAAAGGCCAUUCACGGCGUGGCAACUGGGUCAUCAGAGACACUCCCUGCAAACUUCCGAGUCUCUUCUUCCAAGUCUUCCCGCUCUGUGCAGCCCAAUGAGAUCCAGAUGGAUGGCAGUGUAUCAGAAACACAGAAGUUGGAUUCUGCGACAACCAGGACUUCCUCCUGUUAAGCCUCCUGUUGUUUUCCUGCACUACUUCUACAGAUGAUAUGCAGCAUUUUGAAUCCAACAGAGACUACGUUUUUUAAUUCAGUUGAAUCGCUAUCUGUUAAUACUUGUUAUAUGGAAUCCUAAGAUAUUUUAUAACAGAGUUUGUAAUUAGUCAAAAAUUCAUCAAUAACAUAGAGAAAAUAUUUUAGAAUUUAAUGUUUCUUCUAUUUUUGUAAACUUAGGACUUUUCAUUUAUAUAGUUACUUACUUUUUCAUCUAUGUUUAGGCUAUAAAUAUCUCUGGAAGCAAUUCAUGUUCUUAUAUCUAAUUUUAGUCUUUCAAAUGAAUGUACUGUAAUGCUUGUAUGUAUAAACCCUAUGAACAAAUACAUGGCUUUUGUAAAUUGUGCACAUAUUGUAAUUAUUACUAUUUAACUUUU